CAUCGCGUUUCGAUCUCGAAAGAGGACGCUCUUUAAAAAAAAUCCUUAGAAAGAGAGAGAAGGAAACAUUUUGUUAGAUCUUGGAUUUCACUACGGUAUUUGUGUCCUUUUCCACUUUAUUUGCGUGUUGAAAUCUAAUCUCUUUAGUAUUAGCUAUGGCUGCACAGUCUGAAGAAAACCCGGCAGAGCUUUCAGGUGAAGCCAGCGUACCGUGCAUGGCAUUUGUGGAGAUGCUGAUGAUGAUGGGUAUUGACAGAAAGCUGGCUGAAAAGGCAGUUCAAACAACUGGAAAUAUUUCAGCAGAAGCUGCAGUAUCUUGGGUUUUUGAGAAUGCUGACAUGUCUGCAGGCGGAGUAAUGGCAGAAAAUCCAAUGGACUUUGAUAAUGUCAAGAUGGUGUUUGCGGUCAAUUCCUCCUUGAAGAUGGGAGUCGGUAAAGUAGCUGCUCAGGUCGGCCAUGCAUGUCUGGGUCUCCAUAGGAUACUGAUGAGAGAACAGGAGCAGUAUGCAGAGCAACUGCUGCAGUGGGAGGCUGUUGGAGAGGGGAAAAUUGUUUUGAACGGGGAGUCAAAAGAGCGAUUAGAACAACUCCAGUCCCAGGCUGUCUCUCUUGGUCUUCCAAGCUACCUCGUCCAAGAUGCAGGCAGAACGCAGAUUCCUGCGGGGUCAUGUACAGUCUUAUCAAUAUUUGGAUUGGCCAGCAAGGUGGAUCAGGUGACCGGCAAGCUAAAGCUUCUUUGACGAGAAUAACUUUAGUCAAUAGAAAUAUAUUUAUUUGGAAGAAAAAAACUACUAAAUGUACUGCUCGUUUAAUAUGCAGUAAGGACAACGGCUUGCCAAUGCUUGAAUGUGAUAUAUAGCAAUGCAUCGUGCUGUGGCGUUGGUAGUUACCUGCUACUGGACACUGAAUGUCAUCGGUACAUGCUCGUCAUGAAGGCCUGAGGUCAUCGGUCGUUGACCCUUAUCAUCGAAGCUUUGAAAGCUUGAAUA